CUAGUAAAAAUUAAAAUAAUUUAGUUUUUAAGAAAAACGUUGAUUGCGCAAAAAUGAGAACGUAGUUUUUUCCUUUCCAUAUUGACUUAUUUCUCUGUUUAGAUAGGGCAAUGGUAUCAGAAAGUGUUUUCGUAUUUGAAACAAUUCCCUCGUUAUCUGAUUCCACCGUAUUUUGAUGCAAUUAUCAGUGGUACAUACACGGUUUUGAUCCAACAUGCUUGGAAGUUGAUGACACCAUUCAUUCAAGAAGGAUCAUCAUUUAUACGAGCACUAGCUAUGGGCUCUGUUCAGCUCUGUGGCCAUGUGAGAAAUGCUCGUUUGCCAUUACUAUCGCCGAAUCUGACAGAACCCAAACCAUCCGUUGAAUUUGAUGAACAAUUAAAGAUUAAAUUUCAUCCACAAUGUCCGUCCUUAUCAUCGGGUUUACCUAAUUUUACGUAUGUAGAACGACGAGACAGUCUUGAGACAAUAUAA